UUUGUUUUGUUCAUGUGUGGAGAGGUGGCUGCAGUCAGUGAUGAUUUUACAACACGCUGUCUCCUGCUGUUUAAAGUAUUUAGGCUGGGAUGAAAUGUUUUCUAAUAAUUAGUGAUUUUUGUGUUUGUUUGUUACCUGCACGGAGUUCCGUGAAAAGGAAAGCAUCCCUUUUCUGUGUUGAAUUUCACACACAGAGCGGAGCGCGUCAGUCGCAGCUACAGACAAGUCGAGCUUUUCAAUGAGAUGAUUUACUGAGAAACAAACGCGUUGAAGCUCCAGCAGAGCUCUGCGCGAUUCUGAAAGACCAAAGUAAAGUUACUCCUUGCAAAGCAUGUUGUUUGUGUUCUUUCUUUAUCACACUAGAAGAAGUGAUGAAUAUAUUUGAAUGGGAAGGCUACAGUAAAAAAAUAAAUAUUACUAAAUACAAACCGCAGGCGGCGUUUCUGAUUGAAAAGAGGAUUCCGCUACUAGACCAGUCUGAAACUCAAACCAGUGAAGAUGGACGGCAGCGUGUCCGUGUCGCUCUUUCAAGACGAGCUCGCCUCUACCAUCGAGCACGCAGUGAAAGCGGCUCUACACACCGUCUUGUGUGCGAUUACUAAAGCUGUCGGCAGCAAAUUCACUGAAUUCCAAGUGGAAAUGGCUGGAAAGGAGAAAGAGAAUGAAAGUCUGAAGCUGAGAUUGGAAAUAUCAGAGAGCGAGCUGAAAGCUGUGCGAGGGUGUAUAAACGCUGUAGAUGCAGACAUUAAACAGCCUUUAAUAUUUCAAGAUCCCAUGGAGAGCCACGCUAUCCCUGAAUCUGAAGCACAGGAGGGGCCAAAGAUAGAAGCAGAUUACACACAAGAGGAGUCCUUUGAGCAGGAGUGGUGUGCAAGUCUAAUGCAGGUUACAGAGCUGGCAUGUGUUAAAGAUGAAGAGGUCCCUCAACAGGAAUGUGUUCCUAUUAAAGAGGAAUUCAUAGAGCAGGAAUGUGCCUCCAUCGCAGAGGAACUUCCCCAUGAAAAUCAUGUCUGUACACUUGAGGAGAACAACAAGCUGGGAUCCAACCUGUAUGAUGACUCUCCAUCUGAAUGUGAACUGGAAUUCAGAGGUAAUCCUACAAAACAAGCAGCAUUGAGCUGCCUAUUCAUCCUGCAGAACCUGGUACUGAACACCAGCAGUGUGCUGAAGAGUCAUAUUUUAACCAAGGGGAGCUGCCCCACCAUUAUGUCAACAAGGACAUCACUGAGCUUGCUCCCGAGACACCUGCUAGAUGUGCAGCCGCUGCCACGCCUCUUUUGAAUGCUGUUAGAUCAGUGUUGUCCAAUCACGCUCCUGGAGGCCAUUCCGCUCCACAUUGAACAUUUUCAGUUAUAUUAAGUGAUACUCCUGUGCCUGGAUGGACACCCCUGUGUUAGAUCUUUGCCUUCCCUCAUUCCUGGUAGACUGUUUGCAGUUGUGCUGCUCCCACAGCUUUACAGAGCUGCAGGGAUCACAUGUCCCAUCACUGGGUGAUGCCAAAUCCAGUCGGGUUGCUCAGCGUCACCAGAAGAAACAUUUCAGUAGAGAAUUUCUGUGGAGAAUGUAUGCAGCAGGAUCGCAAAAAUGAGAGUCUUAUUUUAUUUCAUUUUUAAAAGCUCAUCUCAUGUCAACUAUCCCGAGGACUGUAAUGUUUGCUCGCAACGCCACAUUUCACUUUUGUGUGUCUCACAGUAAGCAUUGCUGUGUUAUUAUUGUCACAGUACAGUAAGUAUGUGUGUGGAGGUGUUCUGUACAGCAGACCAGCUCAACAGAUAAUUUCUAUAUUAAUUAUUAAUUAUCAAAAAACAAAUGAAAUAUUAGAUACAUUGCAGUACUAUCAAAAUGCAGGUACUAAAUAGGAUUUUUCAUGAUGCUCUAUUGGCUCGAUUUAAAAUAUUCCAUUUUAAACAUUAAAAAAAGCAUGUUGUUUUUCAUUUUCCACUUGGCUGACAUGUUGACAUCAUUCUUGCUGUGACUGAAACUUGCGGGACACUAACUGGUGAAUGAAUCCACCUCAUCUCAAGCAACCAAUCACUGAACUGCUCAUUCGCUUGUGUUCAGAACAGUGCAUGUGGAAGAAUGCUGUACAAUAACCUUUGUCUCUCUUCUCUUUCUUUCUUUAGCUUCUAAAGUAGAUGAAGGAGAACACGACUCCACUCUAUCACCCCAGUGCAAAAACUCUUCUAAAGGCAAACCACAGUGCAAGAAACACAGAGAGACGACACCCCAAGAAGAAAAUGUGAAGACAUUGAGAACUCACUCAGUUACAAUCCCUUCUUUACAAGACAGACACCCACUUACUGUGGAGAGUACAGAGACGGCACAUUCUGUGUGUUUUAACAAUUCUGAAACCCAGGGCAACUUGAAGACCUUGCCUCAUUCUAUUAAAGCUUCUAAAGUAGAUGAAGGAGAACACGACUCCACUCCAUCACCCCAGUGCAAAAACUCUUCUAGAGGCAAACCACAGUGCAAGAAACACAGAGAAACGACACCCCAAGAAGAGUAUGUGAAGACAUUGAGAACUCACUCAGUUAAAAUCCCUUCUUUACAAGACAGACACCCACUUACUGUGGAGAGUACAGAGACGGCACAUUCUGUGUGUUUUAACAAUUCUGAAACCCAGGGCAACUUGAAGACCUUACCUCAUUCUAUUGAAGGUGGGAAGAGUUCCUGUCAAUUAGACGCUCCUGAAACUCACAAGGGAAAUCCCACAGGAGGGACUACGUUUUCCUGGGCUGAUUGUGGGAAGAGUUUCAAUCAUAUAUCACUGCUUAAAAGACACCAGCGCAUUCACACAGGAGAGAAACCUUCCCACAUACAGACCAGUGAUAAGAGUUUCACACAGUUAGGAAAUCUUCAUUCACACCAGCACAUUCACAUAAGAGAGAAACCUUAUCACUGUACUGAGUGUGGGAAGAGAUUAAGUAAUUUAGGAAACCUUAAAAUCCACCAGCGCAUUCACACAGGAGAGAAACCUUAUCACUGUUCUAUUUGUGGGAGGAGAUUCAAUGAAUUAGGAUCCCUUAAAAGGCAUCAGCGCAUUCACACAGGAGAGAAACCUUAUCACUGUGCUGUUUGUGGGAAGAGAUUCAACCAGUUAGGACACCUUAAAAGACACCAUAACAUUCACAUAGGUGUGUAAUCCUAUCCCUGCACUUAGUGUGAAGAAGUGAAGUCAGUUGCAGACUCUUACAGGACUAGAGAACAUUCUCAGAAAUGCAGACACCUGGGGACAACUAAACAACAGGAGUGCAUUUGACUAAAUACAGAAAUAUUAACUGAAAACAGAAGUGGCUUGAUAAAUCUGGUCACCCCUAAUCACAAUUUGUUCAGAUCAAAAACUCACCAAAAUCUGUGUUCAUCAUGUUGUUGAGCAUUCUGAUUGUGUUACAUCACAUUAGUAAUAUAUUAAAUAUAUUGUUAUUAGGA